AUGGCACGAAAAAGGGAUCGCAACUCGAGUCGUAAACUGUGGUAUCCAGAUUCUACAGCAACUCAAUCUGCGGAAUCAUUAUGUGCCACGUUCAAUAGUCCCGAAAGUCCACCGACCUCUAAUGAUAUCGCUAGAAAUUUGAAAAACACUUUAUCUCAUAAAUACUGCAUUAACUACUAUACUGGCCAUACAGCAACAAAAGAGUUGCUGGAAUCCCUUUUUAAUAUGACCAAACGUAAUAUGUAUGACAUGUACAAUGAGUCUGGAUUUCUUGGUGGGUGGAAGGAUCGCAUGAAAUAUCGGGAACUCAGUGCCGCCAAAACACAUAUCAUCACGGUUUCAGGUAUAUAG